ACACUGAUUGAUAUAUUCUCCAUCCGGAUCGGCUUGCUUGAUAUCACAAGCUUACUCGUGCUGGGUAGGUGAUUGCAUUCACUCAUUCAUCCAUCCUAUCCCAAUCUUAUCCAAAUUAUCCCAUACAAUUACCGACACCCAAACCCCCACUUCAUAUUCCUCAAUACAACCCAUCCAUCCAUAUGCAGUCAAUCAAUUCAUCCCAUCCAUACGCCCUGUCCUCUUUUAUCAAAGGUGCCUUUUGAUUGACUGUCCGUUAAGAUUGGGUUGCACUACGGAGUACACAGUGCAUCGAAUGACGGCUCAUCAAAAUAAUCCCUGAAAUCAAUCAUCACAACGUUACUCGUCCUUUACUUUAAAUACCAAAAAAUACCUCAACCUUUUUUUCCCUCUCCCUUCAGUUGAUAACCCGCUUUCCUCCCCAACCCAACAUGCCUAAUUCGGAACAAAGGAUGGUCGAGGGUCAGCUACAAAAUGGAAGUCUCGAAGCUGUGUCAGGCUUUACAUCUACCCUAGGUGGGUAUGAUACACCCACCUCUAUGAACGAUGCGAACGCGAUGCAAAACUCAAACAUCUCGUUAUCACUUCAAUCGAGUCAAACACCAGCAUUCACUGCCAUAUUCCAGUCCAAUACCAUAGCACCUUCGCCUCCUCAUAGCAGAUCCACUUCGACAAACGAGGCAUACACCCCACUAGCGCUCGACACCACUUCCCGUCUUCACCCAAAUAUAGAUCCUUGUGGUAGUCGGACCCCGAGUCCUCUAAGCGCGGGUCUGCGAAUACAAACCGAUAUCGUUCCAGGUUGUACAGUAGCAUCUACCAACACAGAAACCGGAAUUUCUGAACGCGAAUCUCCCGAUAACACAAGAAUACAUUCAAGAUCGAGCGGGCAGAUGGGCAUGUCUCUCGCACGAACCCCCAGUGUUAAGAAUGUUCUUGCCAGCAAUAUAGGUAGCAACAAUUCGGCACCAAACUCUGCAUUGUCGUCGCCAAUGUUGAACGCAAUGGCAGAUGUUACUCCUCUUCCUUCACCACUCAUGUCGGGUGAUUCACCUGGACCAUGGAAACGAUUAAACUCCAGACGAACUUCGCGCGAACACAUGCUACCGAUGCACUCUGACGCUGCGCUUAUCACAUCGAAUGGCGAAUCGGUUUCCUCUGCCAUGGCAAAUCAACAAAAGAGAAGGGCAUAUCAUGGGUUAAUAAGUAGUGCAGGUGAAUCUGCCCUGAUGGAUGCGCAAAUAAAUCGAAAAAAGAACGCAGAAGGGCAUACUAGAAAUAGAAGUAUGAGCGAAUAUGUACCAGAAGCAAUCCAGGUACCGAAACCUCGAAACAUUACCGUCUCAAGUUCGCAUGCUCCAAUAAUAGAUGGAGUAGCCGAAAUGGCUCCACCGUCAGACAUACACAUGCGCAGGGAACCACAUUUAGCAGUUCAACGAGGAUUGGCUCCUAUCCCAAGACCACCAACCCCACCAUCGAGUCGAACAGGAGGGGAAAGUAGUGAUAGUGAUUCUUCAUUGACCACCAAUAAUAUCCCUAGAGCUCUUCGAAAAUCAAGAGGUGAAUACUUUGAUGCAUACACCAGAAAUGAUUCUAAACGACGAAGAUGGAGAGGUAUAAAAGUUUUAGGUCAAGGCACUUUCAGCAAAGUGAUUCUAGCCACCAGUCAAGUCCAAGGUGAUGAGGGUCGCAUAGAUGAAGAUAAUGUGUUCGCUAUUGAAGGACUGGUUGCACCUAGUGAGACAAAAAUUGAUCGAAAAAAACUGGUAGCAAUCAAGAUUUGUGAACAUGGUCCAAAAGGAGGGGCAUCGGAAGAAAGAGUAGAGAUGUCAUUAAAACGUGAAUUGGAAAUCAUGAAAUCGAUACAUCAUCCUUCAUUGGUUCACCUUAAAGCUUGGAGCAUAGAGGAGACAAGAGCUAUUUUAGUUUUGAGUUAUUGUCCCGGUGGAGAUCUAUUUGAGGUGGCCAGUCAACAUCGAGAUAUUCUCGUCCCAUCGUUACUCAGACGUAUGUUUGCAGAGCUUGUUGGAGCUGUCCAAUAUUUACACGAUAGACAUAUUGUUCAUCGGGAUAUCAAAUUAGAAAGUAAGUGUUUCAGUUUUCCCUUUCCUACGGCCUCUGUCUUUACAUGAUAUUCAGAAUCACAAACUACACAAACUAAUCGAGCUUUCUAUUCAGAUGUCUUGGUUAAUCUUCCUCAACACGAACUUGCAAAACCUCAAGACUGGACCAAAUAUCCUUACUCUAUCAUUACCCUCACAGACCUUGGUCUGUCUCGCCGAGUAGCUGAUGAUGAAAAACUUACCACCCGCUGCGGAUCCGAUGAUUAUGCUGCCCCAGAAGUCAUCAUGGGUCAACCAUACGAUGGACGUGCUACCGAUGCUUGGUCACUUGGUGUUUUACUUUAUGCAUUACUGGAAAGUAGAUUGCCAUUCGAUCCCAACCCUGGAAUGCCUGAAGGACAUAAACAACGAAGCCGAACGAGUCAUAGAAUUGCACGAGUAGAAUGGAGAUGGAUUGAAUAUUUCGGUGAAGAGGGAGAUCAUGAGGGUGAUCCAGAGAAAUUCCAGGCAAAGGGAUUAGAGGGAGCAAUGGAAGUUACUGAAGGCUUAUUGAAAAGAGCCAGGAGUAGAUGGCCACUGGAAAAGGUUCAGGCUAAUGAAUGGGUCAAAGGAGGUGUGGAUGUGGAGGGUGGUGUUAGAUGGAGAGAAGAGGUGAUUCCUGAAGAAGUCAGAAGUGGAGGGGAUUAUUAGGAGUGAAUUGGGUAAAACGUCAGCAUGCGUCCGUUUUCUUCCUGCAGUCUCUCGAUAUCGACUUCGACUUUCUCUCCAGUUCUACCGAUUGAUUCAUUCAUUCAUUACAUAAUAAUCUCUAUUCAUGUUUGAUUACCCGAACAGUAUAGAAAGAGAUUCGAGUUUUUUCUUCUUUUUCUCUUCGCGUGAGCUUUGCUUACCUUUUUUUUUUACUGCGAUGGUUUAUGGGGAGCUUGCAUGCAUGGUUAUAGCAUGGUGUUUAAGGAUUUUGAUUGCGGGGUAUAGGGCUGGAUGGACGUGGGGACGAGGGUACGAAUGUAUAUGUUAUUAUUCUUCAAUUCGACACUUUGUUUUGUCUAUAUAAAUAGGGAUUCGGGCGGAGAUGGAAUGGGAUGGGAAGGGGUGAAUGGGCUUGUGUAUAAUAUGAGGAAAUGGGGAUUUGGGGUGGAUCGAUUGGAUGGACGUGGAUGUUGUUUGAGGGUGAAGUGGGUGAGGGCUGCAUGAACGGAUGGGGAUAUUAUACCCUGUGGGAAUAUGGAAUGAUUACUGUGAGAGUGGGGUAGAGAAGAAAUUAAUGGAAGAAUGGAAGAAUGGGGUUAGAUGGCUUUUUUCGGUAAAGUACUCGAGUAAGAAAUGGUUAUUUUUUUAACCGAGAAAAAAUAGGGGGGUUCGAUGGGGGUUGAAAUGAUCAAAUAAGGGUAUGUGAUGUGUGAGAGGUUGGUGGUGUGAUAGAACGUGGUUGAGAUUCCAAGAUGAGAUGUAGUAAGAUGGGAUGAGAUGUUAGUGAGAGAGAAAUUAGAUGAGGAAUAAAGAUGAGUUGUGAUAAGA